AUGUUAAGAGGAAGAGUACAACAUUUACUUCAUUGCGCACUGUUUUUUUCAUUUAUAUUUCUAUUUUUGGUGGGUGCUGGUGCUGUCAUUUUAGAUGAUAAAGAGAAGGCUUACAUUGAUCCUUGGGAAACUUAUGGAAUCUUAGGAGCUAUUAUACUGUAUAUUUUGAGAUUUCUUACAUUUUUAACAUUACCUCAAGUUCUGUGUAAUUUUGGUGGGUUAAUAUUAUUUAAUGCAUUCCCAGGAAAGAUAAAACUUAAAGGAUCUCCUUUGCUUGCACCUUUUAUUUGUAUAAGGGUUGUAACUAGAGGUGAUUUCCCCGACCUAGUAAAAGAAAAUGUAUCAAGAAAUAUGAAUAAGUGUAUAGACGUGGGAAUGGAGAACUUUAUGAUAGAAGUUGUGACUGAUAAAGCUGUUAACCUGCCUAAGCACAGAAGAAUCAGAGAAGUUGUAGUGCCAGCUGAAUAUAAAACAAAAACAGGCGCCAUGUUUAAAGCGAGGGCAUUGCAGUAUUGCUUGGAAGAUAAUGUUAACAUAUUGGCAGACACUGACUGGAUUGUACAUUUAGACGAAGAAACAUUACUGACAGAGAAUUGUGUCUGUGGAAUAUUAAAUUUUGUUCAAGAUGGUCAACAUCAGUUUGGUCAAGGCUUAAUUACUUAUGCCAAUGAGCGUAUUGUUAACUGGUUAACGACACUUGCUGAUAGUUUUCGUGUAGCUGACGAUAUGGGAAAAGUGAGAUUGCAAUUACGUUUAUUUCACAAGCCCCUCUUCAGUUGGAAGGGUUCAUAUGUUGUCACUCAGGUCAGCGCAGAAAAAAAAGUGUCCUUUGAUAAUGGUCCUGAUGGAUCGGUAGCAGAAGAUUGUUUCUUUGCUAUGAAAGCAUUUUAUCAAGGAUAUUCAUUUAAUUUUAUUGAAGGAGAAAUGUGGGAAAAAUCUCCCUUUACUUUAUGGGAUUUCAUGCAGCAGAGAAAGAGGUGGCUGCAAGGUAUAUUAUUAGUUGUUCAUUCUAAGGAACUGCCUAGGUUGUACAAGGUAUUCUUAACUCUAUCGUGUUACUCAUGGGUGACAAUGCCUUUAUCAAGUAGCAAUAUUGUACUUGCCAAACUGUGUCCCAUACCAUGUCCCCAUGCAGUGGAUUUAAUAUGUGGUUUUAUUGGAGCAGUCAAUAUUUAUAUGUACAUAUUUGGUGUGAUGAAGUCAUUUUCAAUCAAUAGAUUUGGCCCUUUUAAGUUUGUUUUAUUCAUUGCUGGAGCACUAGCUACCAUUCCUUUAAAUAUAGUAAUUGAAAAUAUUGCAGUCAUAUGGGGGGUUUUAGGUAAAAAGCACAAAUUUUACGUAGUAAAUAAGGAAGUUAAGAUACCAGUAACAGUAUGAUUCUUUGUCAGAUUAAAUGCAUAUUGUAGUUAUAUAAAAAUAUAUUGCACAAAUUACCUAAGAUUGACUGUCUAAUGAUUAGUUGAAGAUUAAUGCAAGUUAAAUGUUAA